AUGCAGAAAGACAAUAAAGGACUUGUACUGGUAACCGGUGGUUCCGGAUUCAUUGGAAGUCAUACAAUUGUGGAACUGGUCAAUAAUGGGUAUUCAGUUAUCGCUUUGGAUAACUUAAGUAAUUCAAGUAUUAAUUGUAUAGAACGUAUUGAAAAAAUAAUUAACGAAAAAUUACUCUUCUGUGAAGUGAACUUAUUAGAUGAAAAAGCUGUAAAUGAUAUCUUUGAAAAACAUAAAAUUGAUUACGUCAUACACUUUGCUGCUUUAAAAUCCGUAUCAGAAUCAACUUUAAAGCCUAUACAAUAUUACAACAAUAAUUUAGUGGGUAUAUUAAAUUUAUUGAAGGUGAUGAUUGAGCAUAAUGUUAAAAAUUUCGUUCUAUCCAGUUCUGCUACUGUCUAUGGUGAACCGCAAUUUUUGCCACUUACGGAAAAACAUCCAAUUGGAAAUUGUCAAAAUUCAUAUGGUAAUACAAAACUUUGUUGUGAAUUAAUCUUGAAGGAUUUAUAUACAUCUGAUCCUACAUGGAAUAUUAUAAGUUUACGGUAUUUUAAUCCAGUCGGUGCACAUGCCAGUGGAUUAAUUGGUGAAGAUCCACGAGGAAUUCCAAAUAAUCUAAUGCCUUAUGUGACUCAAGUAGCCAGUGGGUUAUUACCUUACGUAAAUGUUUAUGGAAAUGAUUAUUCAACAGUUGAUGGGACAGGUGUUCGAGAUUAUAUUCACGUUGUUGAUCUAGCUGAAGCCCAUACUAAAUCAUUGGAUAAAGUCAAACAGAAUUGUGGUUUUAAGGUAUAUAAUUUAGGUACAGGGCAAGGAUAUUCUGUAUUACAAAUGAUCCAAGCGAUGGAAAAAGCAAGUGGUAAAACCAUUCCUUAUACAAUAUGUCCAAGACGACCUGGUGACUGUGCAACUGUUUAUUCAGAUGCAUCAUUAGCUCAACAAGAGUUAGGAUGGAAGGCAAAAUAUGACAUUGAUAAAAUGUGUGAAGAUUUAUGGAAUUGGCAGGUGAAAAAUCCACAAGGUUAUCUUACUUCAAUCCAUUUUAAUAAUUGA